AUGACGCAAAAGGAGAAGUGGUCAACAAGGCCAGAGGUUGCGAGUAUUGAACUAAUAAACCCAAAUGAUCGACAGUGUUCACAGAGCGCAGUUGUUUUGGCACAUGCAUCUCAACCAGCACGUCUCACCAGUAUUAUCUUUGCUGAAGAAAUAGCAAUCGGGCGAGUAUUACGGUGUGACGCAAUCGUUGAUGUCAUCAGCGAGAUUGAAAUUGUGUCUACAACUCGUGAACUUUAUUUGGAAGAUUCUCCACUAAAAUUGAGAAUUCGAGCUUUGGAUGCAGAAGGCAACACAUUCAGCACAUUGGCUGGAUUAGCGUUUGAAUGGAACAUAGUAAAAGAUACAGAAGCUGCUGGAUAUGCAGACUCUCACAAUGCAUUGCGGAUACUUAAGUUUUCUGAAUCUACCUAUACACCACCUACUUACAUAUCAGAGAUGGAGAAACAUGGCAAACAAGGGGAUACAAUUUUGGUGUCAGGAAUGAAGACUGGCAAUUCAAAGUUGAAAGGAAAAAUACAAGAAGCAAUUUACAAGAAUGUGCCAGCAGCAGAGGUACGGCUUCUUAUCCUUGAAAACAUUAUGCUGAAUCCAGCUUAUGAUAUUUACUUGAUGGUGGGUACUUCCAUUCAUUACCGGGUGCAGAAGAUAAGACAAGGGAAGAUCACAGAAUUAAUGAUGCCUUCUGACCAGUAUGAAUUAGAACUGCAGAAUAGUAUAGUAAGUCCAGGGGGAGAUGCAAAUCAACCUGUGGGAAAACUGAAGCAAGCCACAUCAACGGUAACUGCACUGCAGCAAGGACAAACAAACCUGGUGCUGAUGCAUAAAAGUAUUCGUAUGCAAGGUGUAUCCCGGUUGCCAAACUGCACAAUUUAUGUUGUUGAGCCACGUUACCUAGGUUUUACAGUUCACCCCGGAGACAGAUGGAUUUUGGAGACUGGCAAAGUGUAUGGUCUAACAAUUGAAGUAUAUGAUAAAGAAAGUAACAAACUGUAUUUAUCUGAUGAUAUCCGAAUUAAUACUGAAAUCCCGAAAGAGUAUUUCGAAAUACUGGAGACAUCUGUGAAUGGAUCAUAUCAUCGUGUAAAAGCACUGAAGAAUGGUCAAACAAUAAUUGAUGCUGCUUUAACCAAUGUGGUUUCUCAGAACGGAAUAAUAUAUGCCCUGUCUGUCCCUGUGCGGAACCAACAGGAAGUCGAAAUUUAUAAUCCAAUAGUUCUCACACCAAGUAUUUUGACGUUUCCUUGGCAACAGAUGGCUGGAACUUAUCAGUACGCAAUAAAGGCUAAAGGCGGGAGUGGAAACUUUACCUGGUCAUCAUCAAACCAGGCUGUGGCAACAGUGACAGUUAAAGGGAUUAUGACAACUGGAAGUGAUAUAGGAUUGAGUGUAAUACAAGCACAUGAUGUUCAAAAUCCAUUACACUAUGGACAAAUGAUGGUUUACGUAAUUGAGCCGAUCCAGAUGGAGUUUAUACCUUGCCAGGUAGAAGCUCGAGUUGGGCAAAUAUUGGAUUUACCACUCAAAAUUUACGGUCUCAUGAAUGAGGAGACAGAAGAAAAAGUUAUGUUAACUGACUGCUCCCAUUUUGAUCUCGUGGUGGAAAUUGAAAAUCGUGGUAUUUUCAAAACUGUAGAAGGGAGACUGGACCCAGGCCCUACACACUGCAGUGGAAUAAGAGUUCAAGCGGAGGCUCAGGGUUACACAACUCUUGUGGUUAGCUAUAGUCAUGGUCAUGUGUACCUUACAACCUCCAUCACUAUUGUUGCAUAUGUGCCGCUCAAAGCUGUUGAUCCAGUAUCUGUUGCCUUGGUAACUUUGGGAUCCUCGAAGGAUAUGCUAUUUGAAGGAGGUCCCAGGCCCUGGGUCUUGGAACCCUCAAAGUUCUUUAGAGAUCUUACAGCUGAAAAUGAAGGAAGUAUUAUUCUUCACCUGGUUAGCUCCCCAGCAUUUAGAAAUCAACCUAAGCAUGUAGUGAGAGCUACUUGUACAGCAUUGGGAGAACAGGUGUUGGCUUUGACAGUGGGGAACAAACCUAGUCUAAAAAAUACUUUGCCUGCAGUGGAACCAGCUGUUGUCAAGUUUAUUUGUGCUCCCCCAUCUAGGCUCACUUUGACUCCGAUAUACCUGAAUCCUCAACUGGAUUUAUCAUGUCCUUUGCUUCAACAAAAUAAACAAGUUGUUCCUGUAUCAAACUAUCGUAACCCAGUCCUCGACUUGGAAGCAUAUGAUCAGCAAGGACGUAGAUUUGAUAACUUUUCCUCCCUUAGCAUUAUUUGGGAAUCAUCAAAACUUUCCCUAGCCAGCAUUGAGCUCAGUAUGCCUAUGCAAAUGAAUGAAAAGGAUCAUGGAAAUGGACAAAAGAAACAACAUGGUUUACAAACUGUGCUGGUUCAUCGUGAAUCUGGGACUACGUCUAUUACUGCAACUGCAACAGGCUAUCAGCAGGAACAUCUCAAUGCAGCUAAUGUUAAAUCUGUGUAUGAUCCAUUGAUCCCUGUAUCUGCUACAAUUGAAUUGUUGCUUGUGGAAGAUGUCAAAGUUAUCCCGGACAAUGUCACCAUUUACAACCAUCCUAAUGUUAAGGCAGAGCUUUCACUCAAGGAAGGAUCAGGAUAUUUUUUCAUUAAUACAACUGCAACAAAUCUAGCGAGGAUCAACUACCAGGAGGCUCACGGAAUUGCUCAGGUGCUGCCAAUUCAUCCAGGAAUUUUGACUGUUUUAGUCCAUGAUUUGUGUCUUGCUUUUUUGGGACCUGCUAAAGCUGAAGUACAUGUGUCUGACAUACUGGAGUUGUACGUACGAGUUGUGGAUAAGGUGGAGAUUGGGAACACCGUUAAAGCCUAUGUGCGAGUUUUGGAUUAUUCCAGAAAACCUUUCUUUUCCAAAUACUUCAAAUUCAUGAAUUUAAAGCUGAAGGCAGCUUCUCAAAUAGUUUCAUUAGAGCCACUCGAUGAAAACCUUGAUGAUUACACUGCUAGUUUUACAGUUCAGGGUAAAGCAAUAGGGCAGACCAGUUUGACAGCAACUGUAAUGAAUAAGGAUGGGAGAAAACUAAGUUCUGCACCUCAGCAAGUUGAAGUAUUUCACCCCUUUCGAUUGAUUCCUAAAAAAGUAACACUCAUUGUGGGUGCAAUGAUGCAGAUUACUUCUGAAGGAGGUCCUCAGCCACAGUCCAACAUCCUGUUUUCUAUAAAUGAUGAAAACCUUGCCACUGUAAAUAAUAUUGGGCAUGUAAAGGGGCUCAGAGUUGGAAAUGGCAAAGUGACUGGUGUAGUUCAAGCUGUUGAUGCUGAAAGUGGCAAAGUAGUGGUGAUUUCUCAGGAUGAAGUAGAAGUGGAAGUGGUUCAGCUUAAAGCUGUGAGAAUACAUGGACCCAUUACAAGAAUGAAGACAGGCACUCUGAUGCCUGUCUAUGUAAUGGGAAUUACAAGCAACCAGACACCAUUUGCAUUUGGUAAUGCAGUACCAGGGCUAACAUUUCAUUGGUCAGUCACAAAAAGGGACAUUAUUGACCUUGACACCAGGCAUUCUGAGGCAGCUUUUCAACUUCCAGCAAGUAACAACUUUGCAAUGUAUGUGUACAGUCGCAUGAAAGGCAGAACUGGGUUGAAGGUAGUUGUAAAAACUACAGAUCCAGCAGGUGGACAAUUUGAAAAUAAUGCCAGAGAAUUAUCAGAUGAAAUGCAGAUUCAGGUAUUUGAAAAAUUGCAAUUGCUCAAUCCUAACGUUGAAGCAGAGCAGAUACUAAUGUCACCAAAUUCUUUCCUGAAACUUCAAACAAAUCGAGAUGGUGUGGCCUUUCUCAGUUAUCGAGUACAAGACUGUUUGGAAAAAACUCCUGUGGUACAAAUGGAUGAAAAUGGACUUCUGACAUCUGGUCCAAUAACAGGGAUUUCAACAAUUGAAGUGAUCUCUGAAGAGCAGUUUGGAAUAAACCAGACAAUCACAGUUGCUGUUAAGGUUGCACCUGUUUCUUACCUAAGAAUCAGCACAAGUCCAGCAAUACAUACACUUAACAAGGAACCUCCAUCAGCCAUACCUGUGGGCAUAACUCUGACUCUGACUGUUCAUUUCCAUGACCAUUCUGGUGCCAUCUUCCAUGCACAGAAUACAAUAGUAAACUAUGCUACGAACAGGGAUGACCUACUGCAAAUUGGCAAAGGAACCAGUAAUAAUACUUUUACAAUAAGGACUGUGAAUGUGGGGCUCACUUUGCUGAGAGUCUGGGACACAGAGCAUACCGGAAUAGCGGAUUAUGUUCCUCUGCCUGUUGAGCAUUUCAUCUAUCCGAACUUGCUGAGAGAAAUUGUGGUCGGUGAUGUCAUCUGUUUUAGCAGUAAUCUGGUUAAUCAAGAAAUUCAGUUAGGAGUUUGGAGUUCAUCUUCCAGUAAUGUUCUACAGAUUAACCCAAAGACUGGCACAGCAGUUGCAAGAGAUUCUGGAUCUGUCACUGUAUUUUAUGAAGUACCAGGACAUCUUAAAACCUACAAGGAGCUGGUGGUCAAGAGUGCCUGGAAGACUGUUGCACAAGUGCAGGGUGAUGCUUUUCUAACAAGCCAAUCUGAUACUGCACCAUUCAAGGUCUCCGUUACCACAGGAGACAGCAGCACUAAUUUGAAAGGAGCCUGUACAGCUGCACAUGUUGAAGCAAUUGAUGAAAUGCAUCCUGAAUCCAGUAUCACUUGCAAUUUGCAUUUCAAUAAUGGUGCAAUAGAAAUCCCUGCUGAAGAUUUGUUUCAUGUUAAAACCGGAUUUGACACACAUGCAGGACAUUAUAUUUGCUCUAUUACAAUGCAGAAAUUGACUGAUCACCAACUGAAAGUACUUAGCAAGGCCAAAACAUCCAUCAGUGUGAAAGCUUCGAUACUUGGUGCUCAUUUCAAUGGAGAACAAAUUGGUGCUAACAUUCCAUUUUUACCUGGUUUUUACACUGAUCACUCGGAGAUAGUUUUGAGCAACAUUUAUACAGCUGCUGAAGUCACAGUGUUUGGAACUCCUGAAAUUCUUGGGAAUCUAGAAGUUAAACCAGAAUCACCAUUCCUAAUCAUUCAGGAAAAGGAAAAAUCCUAUGGACUACAGAGCUACGUGAAGUUUACAGUAACCUUGUCUGAUACUAGGCUAAUAAAUCGGGGACCAAUAUCAACUACUCUUGUCAUUACCAAUUCAUUGACAGACCAGUUUCUCUCCAUUCCAGUGAAAGUCCUGCAUGCUGCUGAUAAAAGUACAGAAGCCCAAUUUGAUGGCACAGCAACUCACUGGGAAGGUGUUGGUUUCUUCCAGCAAUUCAUUCAGUCUUACCAAGUUAUGUUCUUCACACUCUUUGCGCUGCUUGCUGCGACUGCUAUUAUGAUUAUUGCCUAUCAUGCGUUCUUCUCACCACAGGAGCCAAUGUAUCACUCAGCUUUUAUUACUCGGACCCCACCUCGUGGAGGGUUUUCUCUAUCUCCUACUCAUUUCAAUACAAGCAUGCAUUCCUGUGGUAAAAGCAGUCCACGGAACAGAUUAUGGAGUACAGGUUAUCCAUCCAACGGAUCUUCAGGAAGCACUUGAUAGGGGAGAGGGGGAAAAAAGGGACUGACAAUGCAGCUCAGGAGCAUCUGUUAUCAAUCUUUCUCAACUAUAGUGCCUUGAUUUCUGCUUUGUAAAUUUCUUGGACUCCCUACCUCCUGAAGUCAUUUGACCCCCUAUUACUUUGUUUGCACAAGCACUGUUCAAUGUUGUGUAUCCUGCAUAGCUCAUGAUCCUCGGAUUGUUGUGUCAGCAAGAAGUUCAAUAAUAGGGGCAUCGUAACAAUAUAGUGUGUUGCCCUGACCUGGUGUUUAUGCAUGAUGACUUGAACGGUCAUGGUGCAGCGCCAAUUACUUUCUUUAUGUUCAACUGAGGAGCACAGAGACCAACCGGAAUGCUGAAGUGUCAUUCCAGCUUCGAGCAGAUAACUGAGCACAGACCAGUACCUAACUGUUCUGCAUGCCACAGUUCCUGUUUUAAAAAAAAAACACUUAUGAGCCAUUAAGAAAUUGUCUCAAUGUUGAAAUGAAUGAUUUUUUAAAAAUAUGUGAAUAUGCACAUAGAAAAAAAUAACCUUGUGGUAGAUGAAUGUGUUUAAUGUGAUUCUGACUAAUUCUCCUUUAGUUGUAAACAAUGGAAUUCAAAAUAAGUAUGCUUUGCAGUUAAUAGUUUUGCAAUUUUGCAGUGUGAAUUUGGAUUUUCUUUGUGGUGCAAGCACCAGAAGCCUUUUAUAUGUGACCAUAUUUUGAAGUUGUUUAUUUGCAAAACUAAAAAUAUUUGCAUAUUUUGUAAUAUUUGCUUCAAGCAGCUGAAAGACUAAAUUGCAGUUUUGUGAAAUUGUAUGGAUAAAGAACAGUUUUUAUUUGCUAAUGUUUAAAAUUGAGUUAUUUUAAAUUAUGAUUUUGUGGUUUUUAUUUUUACGUUAUUGCAGAGAAAAGCAAGAACCUUCAACCUCAGUAAAUGGAAUCUUUUUAAAUAAUGUAUGAUUUGGAAAAUAUACAACCAUUGUGAAUUUAUUGCAUCCAUUCAUUUGUUCUUUUUCAGACAGUUAAUUAUGGUCCUGUGUAAAAAUGUAAAGUUUUACUUUUCUAUGACUGACAUAAUACCUCAGCACAGCUGAUCCAAAAUUGUGUUUGUAGUUGAAAUGUGAUAAAUACAAUGUGAACAUUAUGCACCAUAUCUUAAAUGCUAAGUUUACUUGAAAAGACCAUACUUAGCAUAAUGGAUAAUUUAAUCUACCCAUUUACCUGUUCAUGUGAAUCUGAUUAAGUUUAUCACUGACAUGCCUUAAAAACCACUAACACGAGUGAUAAGGAGAUAUUGUAGUGAAACUGCUAGUGUAUUUUGUUUGUUUUCAAAGUGAUGCACUGUCUUUUUUUUAAAAAGAAAAUAUUUGUCAAAUAAUAAAUGUCACCAAAGACA